AUGCCGCCCAGAAAAAAACGCAUACAGGGUUCUCGGAAAGCUCCACUGCUAUUUCACCAACAACCGCUGGAGGGCUCCAAACACCGCCAUGGAUCUCCACAGCCUCCCAGCCACACUAGACAGGUGCCCAGCAAACCCAUUGACCACAAUGCCGUCACUUCUUGGGUAUUGCCUCAGUUUGAUACAGCGGCAGAAAGCGGUUUCCAUGCUUACCGGAAACGUCAUCAUCGAGACAAGGCAAGACAUUCAAGUCGAAAAUCUACUACCUCCAAGUUUCCACGUCUGACUUUUGAGAGUCCACAGACUUCUUCCGAUUCAGCAACGUUGGGAAUCCCACUAGUCAGAAAAAAUCCCAAUCAAUCAGAAAAUCACUUUUCCAGAAAACCGUUAGUUCCAAUGUUCAGUCCUCAAAGCUCUGGGGAGCUGUCAGUACACACACUUCAAAACCCAGCUUACAUGUUUAUUCCACCAGAUAGCCAGACUCCAGAGUCUUCUCCUGUGAGGGAAGAACUCACUUCCCCAAAUCAGAGGGAAAACAACAUUCCAAGUUUUCCCCUUCAUCCUAGUACUCCCAAGAGCCCAGAGCCUGACCCUAUUCUGGGUAAAGACACUCCUGAGGAAAAGUAUGGGAUACAGGUCACUUGGAGAAGACAGCAGCACCUGUUGACUUGCCUCAGGGCAAAAGGGAAACUGAGCAGAAGCCAAUUCCUUGUAAAAAACUGA